CCAUAUGGACGACGAGACGCCUCGCACGCGGGGCACGCGAGCUGCUUCCUCGCCCUCCCCGUCGCCGCGCCACGCGCCGCCGUGGGGAGGGGAGGGGGUGGAAGCUUCUUCUGGAGACAGGGUGGACUCCUCUGGGGGGCACCACGGGGGGCGGAUGGCGGCGAAGAAGCGGAGGCCGGAGGAGGAGGAGGAGGAGGAGAUGCACCUGGCGUUCAGGGGCGCCGCCAACGCGCUGUCGCAGGUGUACGCGCAGGCCGUGGCUGCGCAGGAGGCGUCGCUCCUCUCCGGCGAGCGCCACGCCAUGGAGAAUGUCUAUCGAUGGAUUUGCGGCAAGCGUGAUGAAGGUUUGGAGGUGUCUGUUGCUGAUCUACUUGCUUUCCUGCAGACUGAGAUUGAGCACCGAGAAGGGGGCAUACCAGGGCCUCAGCAUACAAGUGCACAGCCAGCACACCAUUUUCCUUCUGCAAAUGUUCAAAAUAAUCCGUUCUCUUUUGGGAAUGUCACGGCUGCACUUAACUCCCAUACAGCGCAAACUGAGCAAACACAAAUUGUGGGCAUGCUAAAUGCUCUGCCCAACCCAUCGAGGCAAAAUUUGUACUCAAAUCAUCCGGUUCAUUCUUCGGCAUUUGGCCCUGUCAACUCCAUACCAAAUGGAAAUGCAGCUCAGAGCAACCAUUCUCCCCAAAACCAGAAUUUCAUGCAAUGCAACUCAUAUGAGCCCUCCAUGGAUAUGAAUCAUGAUGCUUCUUGAGGGUGCAAGCCAUAAAAAACAAUAAGUUGUUUGCUUAGUUUCAUCGGAGCCUUCAAGAUAUGAUCCUUAUUUGCUGGAGAAGCCCCCAUCAAUUGGUGACAGAUGUGCUUCCCCAUGUCUCCAUCUGAGUAUCACAGUGCAAAGCUUCUGCAACGUGGAUAUCAUAUUCACUCGUCUGACAUCUUGUACAUUAUAGCCAAACUCCGCUUCAGGUCGCUUGUGUUGAUUAAAAGAUUGGAAGCUGCAUUCUGCUUCAGCAUAAUAGUUCUUGCAAUAUUAGUUCUUUUCUGCUGCUUGCAAAACCAUGUUCUGGUUAACAUGGAUCAACGAGAUUAGGAGAUGAGGAUGGUGCAUAGUUGUUGAUGAAUUUACUGCUAUGUUCUACAUAUGCAUCUGUUAAAAGCUGCAUUGGUUCAGACAGCCUGAGAGCAUUGUUUCACCA